AUGAGCGCCAACGGGCCCACCCCAGACCCAGUCCCAGCCCCCACGGCCCCAGUAGCACCUCCCGCCGCUACCCCUGCUCCGGCUCCAACUCCGGCCCCGGCGGCGCCCGCUCCUCCUGCCCCGCCUGCUCCAGCGUCCACCACUAUCCCAGUAGGUGCGUUGGCACAGAAGAAGCGGCAGCAGUAUGCCAAAAGCAAGAAACAGGGCAGUAAUGCAAACAGCAGGCCACCAAGGGCUCUGUUCUGUCUCAAACUCAACAACCCUGUACGCAGGGCCUGCAUCAGCCUGGUGGAGUGGAAGCCAUUUGAUAUAUUUAUAUUAAUUGCCAUUUUUGCCAACUGUAUGGCCUUAGCUGUCUACGUCCCUUUCCCUGCAGAUGAUUCAAACUCCAUAAACCACGACCUGGAAACCGUUGAGUAUGCCUUCCUCAUCAUUUUCACAAUCGAGACCUUUCUGAAGAUUAUCGCCUAUGGUCUGGUGAUGCACCAGAACGCGUACGUGAGAAACGGUUGGAACAUGCUGGAUUUUGUCAUUGUCGUCAUAGGACUCUUCAGUGUUGUCUUGGAGCUUUUGACCAAAGAGGAUAAGCCAGAAGGUGACGGACUCGAGCUCCAUCCGUCGAUGCACGGCCAUGGAGGUAAACCAGGUGGAUUCGACGUUAAAGCCCUCCGAGCCUUCCGUGUGCUGCGACCCCUGCGGCUGGUCUCAGGAGUACCCAGUUUACAGGUGGUGUUGAACUCCAUCAUUAAAGCCAUGGUCCCUCUUCUUCACAUUGCUCUGCUGGUCUUGUUUGUUAUUAUCAUCUAUGCUAUUAUCGGCCUGGAGCUUUUCAUUGGGAAAAUGCACGCAACCUGCUACAUGCCUGGAUCAGAAAUGACAGCAGAGGACGACCCGGCUCCAUGUGCGAUCUCAGGUCACGGGCGCCAAUGCCCCAUCAACGGCACAGUGUGCAGGGAGGGCUGGCAGGGUCCCAACGGUGGCAUCACCAACUUCGACAACUUCCUGUUCGCCAUGCUGACGGUGUUUCAGUGCAUCACCAUGGAGGGCUGGACGGACGUGCUGUACUGGAUGAACGAUGCUAUGGGCUUAGAGCUUCCAUGGGUGUACUUUGUCAGUCUUGUGAUCUUCGGCUCCUUUUUCGUUCUUAACCUGGUUUUGGGUGUGUUGAGCGGAGAGUUUUCCAAGGAGAGAGAGAAGGCCAAAGCUCGUGGAGACUUCCAGAAGCUGCGCGAGAAGCAGCAGCUGGAGGAGGAUCUGAAGGGUUACCUGGACUGGAUCACUCAGGCUGAAGACAUCGACCCCGAGGACGAGGCCGAUGAGGAGACCAAGCGCAACCGGGUGACUCUGGCUGACCUUACUGAGAAGAAGAAAGGAAGGUUUGGGUGGUUCAGCCAGUCGUCCGACACUCAUGCGAGCGUCCCGGCCAGCGAAACGGAAUCUGUGAACACGGAGAAUCAGAACGGGGAGGAGGAAAAGACGCCGUGCUGCGGAGCUCUGUGUCAAAAAAUUUCGAAGUCUAAGUGCAGUCGGCGCUGGCGCCGCUGGAACAGAUUCUGCCGCAGGAAUUGCCGGUUGGCUGUUAAAUCGGUGCCUUUCUAUUGGUUGGUCAUCAUCUUGGUGUUCCUCAACACCCUCACCAUAUCAUCAGAGCAUUACAACCAGCCGUCGUGGCUGACACAAGUGCAGGAUGUGGCCAACAAAGUGCUGUUAGCCAUGUUCACGUGUGAGAUGUUGGUGAAGAUGUACAGUCUGGGGCUUCAGGCCUACUUCGUGUCUCUGUUCAACCGCUUCGACUGCUUCGUGGUGUGUGGAGGAAUCACUGAAACCAUUCUGGUGGAGUUGGAAAUCAUGUCUCCCCUCGGUAUCUCUGUGUUCCGCUGUGUGCGUCUGCUGAGGAUCUUCAAGGUCACACGUCACUGGCAGUCCCUGAGUAACCUGGUAGCAUCGUUGCUCAACUCCAUGAAGUCCAUCGCCUCCCUGCUGCUGCUGCUCUUCCUCUUCAUCAUCAUCUUCUCCCUGCUGGGCAUGCAGGUGUUUGGCGGAAAGUUCAACUUUGACGAAACUCAGACCAAGAGGAGCACGUUUGACAACUUUCCCCAAUCUCUUCUGACAGUGUUUCAGAUCCUGACCGGUGAAGAUUGGAACGCUGUCAUGUACGAUGGCAUCAUGGCGUACGGAGGCCCUUCGUCCUCUGGGAUGAUUGUGUGCUUUUACUUCAUCAUCCUCUUCAUCUGUGGAAACUAUAUCCUGCUGAAUGUCUUCUUGGCUAUCGCUGUGGACAACUUGGCAGAUGCAGAGUCUCUUAACACAGACGGAGCAGACAAAGGGGGCAAAAAGGAGGAGGAAAAAGAGGAAAAGGAAGAGGAAGAGGACAAUGAUGACACGGCAGCGGAGGAGGAGGAUCCAGAGGUACCGUCGGGGCCUCGGCCCGUCCUCUCUGAUCUGGUGAAGAAAGAGAAGAUCACUCCUAUCCCAGAGGGAAGUGCCUUCUUCAUCUUCAGCACCACGAACCCGGUGCGCGUGUUUUGCCACAAACUCAUAAAUCAUCACAUCUUCACCAACCUCAUCCUGGUGUUCAUCAUGCUGAGCUCCGUCUCACUCGCCGCUGAGGAUCCCAUCCGGAACUUCUCCGCUCGCAAUAUUAUACUUGGUUACUUUGACUAUGCUUUCACGGCUAUCUUUACUGUUGAGAUCGUAUUGAAGGUCCUAGGCUAUGCAGAUUAUGUCUUCACUAGUAUGUUUACAUUUGAGAUCAUAUUGAAGAUGACCACGUACGGAGCUUUCCUCCAUAAAGGUGCAUUUUGUAGGAAUUAUUUCAACCUGCUCGAUCUCUUGGUGGUGGGAGUGUCCCUUGUCUCCUUUGGCAUUCAAUCCUCAGCCAUCUCAGUGGUGAAGAUUCUGAGGGUCCUCCGUGUUCUUCGGCCCCUGAGGGCCAUCAACAGAGCCAAAGGCCUGAAGCACGUGGUGCAGUGUGUGUUUGUGGCCAUCAGAACCAUCGGUAACAUCAUGAUCGUCACCACUCUGCUCCAGUUCAUGUUCGCCUGUAUAGGGGUGCAGCUGUUCAAGGGAAAGUUCUAUCGCUGCACAGAUGAAGCCAAGUCCAAUGCAGAGGAGUGCAAGGGCACCUACAUCCUGUAUAAGGAAGGAGACGUGAACCAGCCGACCAUCCACAAACGAAUGUGGCACAACAGCGACUUUAAUUUUGACAACGUCCUGAUGGCGAUGAUGGCUCUGUUCACUGUGUCCACUUUUGAAGGCUGGCCUUCGUUACUGUACAAGGCCAUCGACUCCAACAGGGAGAACCUCGGCCCCAUUUACAACUACCGCGUGGAGAUUUCCAUCUUCUUCAUCAUCUACAUCAUCAUCAUCGCCUUCUUCAUGAUGAACAUCUUCGUAGGUUUUGUGAUCGUCACAUUUCAGGAGCAGGGAGAGAAAGAGUACAAAAACUGUGAACUGGACAAGAACCAGCGUCAGUGUGUGGAGUACGCUCUGAAGGCUCGUCCACUGAGGCGGUACAUACCUAAGAACCCGUACCAGUACAAGUUCUGGUAUGUGGUGAACUCCACUGGGUUUGAAUACAUCAUGUUCGUGCUCAUCAUGCUCAACACGCUCUGCCUGGCUGUGCAGCAUUAUGGUCAGUCAGCGACAUUUAACUAUGUCAUGGAUAUUCUCAAUAUGGUCUUCACUGCUGUCUUCACUGUGGAAAUGGUUCUUAAACUCAUCGCUUUCAAACCCAGGCACUAUUUCGCUGAUGCUUGGAACACUUUUGAUGCCUUAAUUGUGGUUGGUAGCGUCGUCGAUAUUGCUAUCACUGAAGUGAAUAAACUUGUAGAGCCAACAGAGACUCCUCAGGUGGAUGAGAUGGGGAACACAGAGGACAGCGCUCGCAUCUCCAUCACCUUCUUCCGCCUGUUUCGAGUCAUGCGGCUGGUUAAGCUGCUCAGCAGAGGGGAGGGCAUCCGCACCCUGCUGUGGACUUUCAUCAAAUCCUUUCAGGCUCUGCCAUACGUUGCUCUUCUGAUCGCCAUGCUGUUCUUCAUCUACGCUGUCAUCGGCAUGCAGGUGUUUGGAAAGGUUGCAAUGGUGGACGGCACACACAUAAACAGAAACAACAACUUCCAGACCUUCCCUCAGGCCGUGCUCCUGCUCUUCAGGUGUGCCACCGGAGAGGCGUGGCAGGAGAUCAUGUUGGCCUGUAUAGCGGGAAAACUGUGCGACCCAGAGUCCGACUACGGUCCCGGGGAGGAGAUGACGUGUGGCAGCGGAUUUGCGAUCAUUUACUUCAUCACUUUCUACAUGCUCUGCGCCUUCUUGAUCAUCAAUUUGUUUGUGGCUGUCAUCAUGGACAACUUUGACUAUUUGACACGUGAUUGGUCCAUUCUCGGUCCUCACCACCUGGAUGAGUUCAAGAGAAUCUGGUCGGAGUACGACCCAGAGGCCAAAGGCAGGAUCAAGCAUCUGGAUGUGGUGACUCUCCUCCGUCGCAUUCAGCCGCCUCUUGGCUUCGGCAAACUGUGUCCUCACAGAGUGGCCUGCAAGAGGCUGGUAGCCAUGAACAUGCCUCUGAACAGCGACGGCACAGUCAUGUUUAACGCCACCCUGUUUGCCCUGGUGCGAACGGCCCUGAAGAUCAAAACAGAGGGUAAUCUGGAGCAGGCCAACGAAGAGCUGCGGGCCGUCAUCAAGAAGAUCUGGAAAAGAACCAGCAUGAAGCUUCUCGAUCAAGUGGUGCCUCCUGCUGGUGAUGAUGAGGUAACCGUGGGGAAGUUCUAUGCCACCUUCCUGAUACAGGACUACUUUAGGAAAUUCAAGAAACGUAAAGAGGAAGGCCUGGUGGGUGCCCACCCCUCGCAGAACAACACGGCCAUCGCUCUGCAGGCUGGCCUUCGCACGCUGCAUGAUAUCGGGCCCGAAAUUCGCCGAGCGAUAUCAUGUGAUCUGCAGGAUGACGAGCUAGUAGACUUUAUUCCCGAGGAAGACGAGGAAAUUUAUAGGCGUAACGGCGGCCUCUUCGGUAACCAUCUAAUGAACGGUGGUCACCGGCGCUCUAACGGCCAUCAGACUAACGCAACACAGCGCCCCCUGCAGGUGCAGCCUCCGCCUCACUAUGCCCACAUGGAGCAGCCGGUGGGACGCCUGUCUCGAGCCAACGCCAUGUCCCAGCCCAACCACCAUCAUCACCACCACCACCAUCACAACCGACACCACAACUCCUAUGGCAAGUCUCCCAAAUCCACCAACAUCAACCUCAACAACGCCAACAAGUCCAGUUUGCCCAAUGGAGGACACCACCGCUACUAUGAGCACGCUCCUCCCAAUGGCUACCCAGGUCUACGCAACUCCUACUACGAGUACGACAAGCCCCGGACACCCCAGGGUCAAAGAAGGCGCUACUAUGAGACCUAUGUUAGGUCCCAAGGAGGGGAUGCCCGCCAUCCCACCAUCCGCAGGGAGGAGGAGUUGGAAGAAGAUCGCUUAUCUGGGGAGUAUUACAGUGGGGAGGAGUUUUAUGAGGAUGACAGUAUGCUGUCAGGGGAAAGGUUUCCGAACAGUGACACAGAGUAUGAGACUCCCAAAGGUUACCACCACCCUGACACUUACUAUGAUGACGACGAGCAGCCUCUCUACCGCGACUCGCGCAGGUCACCAAAGAGACGGCUGCUUCCCGCCACACCUCAAGGCCCCAGGAGGCCAUCCUUCAACUUUGAGUGUCUGCGCAGACAAAGUAGCCAGGACGAGCUUCCACAUCAGCGCACUGCUCUUCCACUGCACCUUAUGCAGCACCAGGUAAUGGCUGUAGCAGGCCUGGACUCCAGCAGAGCCCACCGCCUCUCCCCGACCCGCUCCACCCGCUCCUGGGCAACUCCCCCUGCCACCCCGGCUAGUAAAGACCAGUCGCCAUACUACACCCCUCUCAUCCGUGUGGACCACCCCCACAGGGAGAGUGUCGCUAGCAGCCAAGUGUCCGUGCGUAAGAGCUCCUGGUACACAGACGACCCCGACUUCUCCCAGAGGAUGUACUCACCUGUCCAUCUGCAGGUUCCACCUGAAUACCACAGCCAGUACCACCAGAAGAGAGGCAGCGCCACCAGCCUGGUGGAAGCGGUUUUGAUAUCUGAAGGUCUUGGGAGAUACGCCCAGGAUCCCAAGUUUGUCGCCGCCACAAAGCACGAGAUAGCAGACGCCUGUGAGAUGACGAUAGACGAGAUGGAGAGCGCAGCCAGCCAUCUACUGAACGGUGGGAUAGCCCGGGGCGUCAACGGGGUCAACGUGUUUCCCCUUCUGACACCAAGGGACUAUGAACUGCAGGACACUGCAGCCAGCUACAGCGACGAGGAGCCAGAGACAGAACUCAGAGCUCCUUACGAGGAGGACCUGGCAGACGAGAUGAUCUGCAUCACGACUUUAUAG